UAUAGCGGGAGCAGCGGGCCGGGAGCCCGGCCACGGCAGCAGCGGGACAGGCGCUGAGCUGCCCCGGCACGGCCUCGCCUCCCGCUGCGCUCUGCCCUGCGCUGAGCCCGCCCGGCUGCAGCCGCACGCCCUGACUGCACGGGCCUGAGAUGGCAGAAGGCAAGUGCCACCCCCAGCCUGGGGACCUGAUCGAGAUCGACCGGCCACUUUACCAGCAUUGGGCGCUCUACAUGGGGGAUGGAUAUGUCAUCAACGUCACACCUGUAGAUGAAGGAGCCCCAUCUCUGUCAGUGAGCACCACAUCAAUAUUCACCAGAAAGGCCAAGGUGAAGAAGCAGCUCCUGAAGGAUGUGGUGGGAAAUGAUACAUGGCAUGUCAACAACAAGUAUGACCGCUCCCGCACUCCUCGCCCAGUGGAGGAGAUCAUCCGGUGUGCGGAGCAAUGGAUUGACAGGGAGGUGCCAUAUGAUGUGCUUUAUGAGAACUGUGAACACUUUGUCACAGAGCUUCGCUAUGGAGAAGGAGUCUCUGAUCAGGUCAGAAAAGCAGUUAUUGGUACUAUAGCAGCCGUAGGAGGUAUCAUUCUUGCUGGUCUUGCCACCGCUGUUGUGAAGGGCUUGUCUGGGGACUCAUCCAGGAGAGAGAGAAAGCACUACUGAUGGGCUGUCAGAAAGAGCUCAGAGCAAGGCAGAGGAAUCUCCUGGCUACAGUGGUCACUGUCAACUUUUGCUGCACCUGCCAUCAUGGCUUCCUAGCAACUGUGCCACCCUUGCUAUAAACAUUAAAUAAUAAUAAUAUAACAAUAAAGAAUUAAUUUUUACUUAAAUAAAAUGUUAGAAAUC